CUCCAAGAUGCACUCGACUGCAGCUCAGUCGUACCGUUGCGCUCUGGCAGUGCAAAUUGAUUAAGCGAUGAUUAUCCUCUACUUGCUCACGGUGAUAGCGUUGGCCUACUGUUGGGUCAAACGGAGGUAUUCCUACUGGAAGCUACGCGGAGUUCCUUGCGUUGAGCCCUCUUUCCCGCUGGGAAAUCUGGGACAGCUCGGCAGAAAGCACGUUGGUCUCAUAAAUCAGGAUGUUUACGAGCAACUUAAAGCCUCCGGCAAAAAGUUCUGCGGAAUGUUCUUCUUUCUUCGCCCAAUGGCACUGGUUUUGGAUUUGGACUUUGUUAGGAAUGUGAUGGUGAAGGAUUUCCAGUACUUCCACGAUCGAGGAUUGUACUACAACGACGAGGUAGAACCGAUCAAUUCCCAUUUGGUUUCACUGGAAGGUACCCGGUGGAAGAAUCUGCGGGCGAAACUGACGCCAACGUUCACCACCGGAAAGAUGAAGAUGAUGUUUCCCACGAUAACGGCCGUGGCCGACGAGUUUGUCAAGUGUUUAACGACUGCCGCGCUGAACGGGAGGGAGGUUGAAAUGAAAGACUUCCUGGCACGGUACACGACAGAUGUGAUUGGAAAUUGUGCUUUUGGUUUGGAUUGUAACAGUUUGAAGGAUCCUGAAGCGGAGUUUCGAGUGAUGGGAAGAAAGGCAGUGAUACCGACCAGAUCGCAGUUUCUACGACGAAUGUUCAGUUCGUCUUUUAGGGCUCUUGCUGGGAUGUUAAGAGUUCGGACUAUCGAUGUAGAUGUUUCGGAAUUCUUCAUGAAUGCGGUUCGUCAUACCAUCGAGUAUCGGGAAAAGCACAAUGUUCAGAGAAAUGAUUUCAUGAAUUUGCUGAUGCAGUUGAAGUUAGGACCAUCUGAGCAAAACGAAUUGACGUUUAAAGAAAUUGCAGCCCAAGCAUUUGUCUUUUUCCUAGCCGGUUUCGAGACGUCAUCUAGCACAUUGUCCUACUGCCUGUACGAACUGGCUCAUAAUCCAGGCCUGCAAGACAAAGCUAGGAGAAACGUUGAGGAAAUUUUGGCCCAACAUGACUCGAUGACCUAUGAAGCUGUGCAUGAGAUGAAAUAUAUUGAAAAUUGUAUAAAUGAAUCGCUUCGCAAGUACCCACCGUUCAUGACCAUCAUCCGGCAGGUCACCGAGAAUUAUUACGUUCCGGACAUGAACGUCACUCUGGAGAAAGGUCACGGGCUCAUAAUUUCCGUUCAUGCAAUUCACAAUGAUCCACGCUACUAUCCGGAUCCGGAUAAGUUCGACCCGGAACGUUUUAGCCCGGAAGAAGUUGCCAGGCGACAUCCGAUGGCAUUUAUUCCAUUUGGCGAAGGGCCACGAAUCUGCAUCGGGUUGCGGUUUGGAAUGAUGCAGGCUUGCAUUGGUUUGGCGUACUUGCUCAAACAUUUCCGCUUCAGUUUGUCACCGAAGAUGGAGCUACCGCUGAAGACGGUGCCAACUACUAUCGUUUCCAACUCCGAAGGUGGAUUGUGGCUGAACGUUGAACCGUUGUAG